AUGAGUGUUAUUGUGACGGACCAAUCCGGUCAGCUUUCGGAGACACUCACCGCAUGGAUAGAGUUCGAGAAGAGAUGCACCAAGUACUUCCCUGAAGAAACGCACUCGUUCUUGGAGACCAGCAUUGGUCACACAUUUUCCAAGAUCACAAUCCUGAAGAACAGGCUUGAUGGCCUGAGCAAUGAGAUCUGCAACGAUCAGAGCACGCUCGGUGCUCAGCUGGCGGUCGAGAAUAACGGGACUGCGCGACUUGUGAAAGGUCUCACUGUUAUUUCUAUUAGACAAGCCAGGAAAGGAAACGACGACUAA